AUGGCGACCGGUAAGCAGCUUGAGCCAGGCAAAUUGAAUGUCCGAAUCUGUGUAUGCGGUGAUGAGGGCGUCGGCAAGAGCUCCAUCAUCACGUCGCUUGUCAAAGAUGUAUUCGUCACGGCUAAGAUCCAGCCCGUCCUCCCUCAAGUCACGAUCCCGCCCACGCUCGGCACUCCAGACAACGUCACAACGACCAUCGUUGACACCUCCGCGCUACCCCACGAGCGCCAUGCGCUCCGCAAAGAACUUCGAAAGUCGAACGUCAUACUACUGGUGUAUUCGGAUCACUACAGCUAUGAACGGGUUGCGCUGUUCUGGAUGCCAUACUUCCGGUCGCUGGGGGUGAACGUGCCCGUGGUGCUAUGCGCAAACAAGGCGGAUCUGGCGUCGAACGGGACAACGUCGCAAGUCGUAGCAGAUGAGAUGCUACCCGUCAUGACCGAGUUCAAGGAGAUUGACUCGUGCAUCCGAACCAGCGCAAAAGAGCACCACAACAUCAACGAGGUCUUCUUCUUGUGCCAAAAAGCCGUCACUCACCCGAUUGCACCGCUAUAUGAUUCCAAAGAGAACGCUUUGAAGCCCGCUGCGGUUGCAGCUUUGCAGCGCGUGUUCCACCUCUGCGAUAAGGACAAGGAUGGUUAUUGGAACGACCAGGAGAUCCAUGAUUUCCAGAUCAAAUGUUUUGAGAAGCCACUGGGACAGGAUGAUCUAGCGAAUAUCAAACGGUCCAUUGAAAGAUUUGUCCCAGGAUCCACUGGCGAGCAUGGUAUGGAUGAGAAGGGCUUCCUGUUGCUGAACAAGAUUUUCGCUGAGAAGGGCCGCCAUGAGACCAUAUGGAUUAUCCUAAGGAAGUUUCACUACACCGACAGCCUCAGUCUCCAAGACACAUUUCUCCAUCCAAAGUUUGAUGUACCGCAGUAUUCCUCAGCUGAAUUAAGUCCUGCUGGAUACCGCUUCUUCGUUGACCUGUUUCUGAAGUUCGACAGGGACAAUGACGGGGGCUUGAACGAUAAAGAGCUCGCUAAUCUAUUUGCACCUACGCCUGGUGUUCCUGCAUCUUGGGUCGAUUCGGCAUUUCCAUCAUGCACGGUACGGAACGAAGCUGGAUACAUCACGUUACAAGGAUGGUUGGCGCAGUGGAGCAUGACGACGUUCGAAGAACCUAAGACGACACUAGAAUAUCUAGCAUACCUUGGCUUCGAGAGUAGCGAUCGUGGAGGGACGACCAACGCACUAAAAGUGACCAAGGCACGCAAGAGGCGUAACAAGCCCGGACGAGUGGAGCGCACCGUGUUCUUGUGCUAUGUUCUGGGCUCCAGCGGUAGCGGGAAGAGCGCCCUGCUAUCGUCAUUCCUGCAAAGACCCUUUACCAACAUGUACCACCCAACCAUCAAACCACGGUCCGCUGUAAACAGCGUGGAGCUAAAAGGCGGCAAGCAGUGUUAUCUCAUCCUGGAAGAGCUUGGCGAACUGGAGCCAGCCAUUCUCGAGAACCAGGCCAAGCUCGAUGCUUGCGAUCUACUCUGUUACACAUACGACUCUAGUGACCCCGACAGCUUUGCCCACAUUGUGGAACUGCGAAAGAAGUACCCUCACCUCGAUCAUUUGCCAGCAGUCUACACCGCGCUCAAGGCUGAUCAAGACAAGACGAUGCAGCGAUGCGAGCAGCAACCUGACGAAUACACAAGCGCGCUCAACAUGGCUGCUCCACUGCAUGUGAGUGCAACCUGGAGCAGCAUAUCGGAGCUUUUUGUUCACCUGGCUGAAUGUGCAACGCAUCCCUCGACGGCCUUUCCGAAGCAGGAGGAAGAGCCUUACGAUAACUUAAACCUGUAUCUUGCGCUGGGCGCUGUGACAUGCGCCGUUGCAUCUGCCGUGUUCAUCUGGAAACGCAAUGGAGCGUCUUCCUAG